UCUCUUUCUAGUUUCUCUUUUCAAUCUUAUGGAAAAAGUUGAACCUUGUUUAUGUUGAAAAUGCUGUUUAAACCUUCGAGAAUGGUAAUUGUAAAGGGAAAGAGGAAACAUUUGACUAAAAUCAAGAAGGAUCAUGGAUAACAUGAUUAAAGUCAAUUCAAUAAUAUUAUUGAAGAUGACGAUUGUUGGACACGAGACACCAGUGGAGUAACGUCAAAAUAGUUGUAAAAUCACUAGCCUAACCAGUUACCUCUUUUUAAACAUUUCUGGUGGGAAAAGAAGCCAAAGAGUUCUGUGUAAAUUUCAUGUGCAAUUUUCGAAUGGUUUUUAUUAAUUUUGUGUUGAACUGUUCGUCCUGUUUAUGGAUUUACCUGCCUAUUGUCACAUCUUCUUCUCUACCUCUUCUGUUAAACCAUUCAAGUUAAUAUUAUCACCAUCAUGCAAUGAACAAUACUGGUAUCUUCAUUAAAAGGCGCAUGGUGUGUGAUUCUGCUCCAAGAGCAAACUCGAGAAAAUUUUAUGCCCACCGAUGUUACAUAUGCUCCAUAAUUACUACAAGGUGAAAAAUGUUUUUCCAAUCUUGCGAACAGAGGGAAAAGAAGAAUCAGCAAAACCUGUUGACCAGUUCAGAUAUCACUUUAAUUAUCGUCUGAUUUUAUGUGAACCUGGUUUUUCUCUUUUCCUAUUCAAUUCCAUUUCUACCUUUUCACCACUCUCUAUGAUAAAUCCCAUUUAAUCGUGAUAUUUUAUGUGCUUCUUAUGUCAUAAAAUUGAUUAUGGGUAUAAUCUUAGCUUCGCAACUUUUAUGAUAUUUGUUUGUAACAGAAAGAAACAACAUCAAGGAACAAUUAUUAUUAUGGAUCAACAAGAUUAUCAUUCUUUUAAUCACCCGUGAAAUGUAGUUACAUGCUAUAUGUGACUAACUGAUUGACAACGGUCCGCUUCCUACCUCCCUUAAACAUAUCUUUAUUUUUUUGUUACUCUUUGCAUGUCUACUGAUAAAAUAGCAGAGUUAAACCAUUCUGGUUAAUUAAGCCAAUUGUUAUCAUUAUUGCAAUUGUAAUUACCAUUGAUAUCGUUUUUAUUAUCAACCGUUUCAACAAUGCCUCGUUAUAAGAGAGCCGAAUUUACUCAGGACGACGCCGUGAAUCCUAAUUAUUCGGAUACAAUUGGUUUUGAUAAUAUGUAUACUUCAUCAUCACAAUUAACAAUGUCACCUGAAAAUUCUGGACCACCCCUUGAUCCAGCAACCCUUUCAGUAUCUAGUCCUAUUGAAGCAAUGCAUUCAGAUAGUCAAAAUCCUCAAGUAUUGUUUCACAUUCAAUCCUCAUACACUGCUGACUCGCAUAAUCAAUCAUCAUCAUCAACAACCAAUAAAUUUGGAAACGGACAAAGUACACCUUCAAUUAUGAUUCACAAAGGACGUUCUCGUCGUCGCAACUUUUGGGACCGUGCAUCGCCAUUGGAAAGACUUUUAAUCAUUUCUUUAUUGGUUACCGCACUUAUUGCGCUCAUCUUGUUCAUUAUAGUUGUCAACAGUUUUGGUCACUCUAAGAUUUCAACGUCUAGUAAAGAUGAUCUUUGUUUAUCAAAAUCAUGUUUAAGUAUAGCAAGUACAAUUGUUAAUUCGAUGGACGUCAGUAAAGAUCCUUGCCAAGAUUUUUAUGCAUAUUCCUGCGGCGGAUGGGUUGAAUCAAACCCACUACCUGACGGCAAAUCAAUUUGGGGUCCUUUUGCAAAACUAUGGCAAGAUAAUCAAUAUGUUAUGAAAACUGUUUUAGAACAGGAUAGCACAAAUCAAAGUAAAGCUGAGGAAGAAUCGCGGGUUUAUUAUAGAUCUUGUCUGGACAAGAAUGAAACCAUUGAAAAAUUGGGUGCAAUGCCAAUGCAGCAAUUCCUAACGGAAAUUGGUGGAUGGAAUAUGAGCUCGGAUUUCAAUGCUUCUUCAUGGGAUUUUCAGAUGUCAUUACAAGUUGUCCAUAAUCGAUACAAUCGAGGAGGUUUCUUCUCAUGGGCUGUUGGAGCUGAUGCUAAAAAUUCAUCUAAUAAUAUCAUACAACUGGACCAGGGUGGACUCAGUUUACCAAGUCGAGAUUAUUAUCUCAACAAGUCAUCCGACGAUGAGGUUUUACAAGCAUUUAAAUCUUUCACUGUAAAAGUAGCAGUUCUGUUGGGAGGAAAACAGAGGGACGUUGAAAAACAGGUUGACGAUUUAAUUGAAUUUGAAACUCGAUUGGCUGAGAUAACUGUUCCCUCAGAGAAUCGAACUGAUGACGAUAAAAUUUACCAGCGGAUAACUUUGCAAGAGCUUCAAAAAGCUGCCCCGGCAAUCAACUGGAUUACUUACUUUAAAGAGGCCUUUGAUCAAAUCGAAUAUAAUAUAACAGAAAAUGAGUUGGUUGGUGUUUAUUCAAUUGAAUAUUUACAACGUUUAUCCGAUCUUGUUGUAGAGUACAACAAAACAGAUGAAAAACGAAUUGUUCUUGCAAAUUACAUGGGUUGGUCUGUAGUUCAAUCGCUCAUCUCAUGCCUUUCUAAGCCUUUUCGAGAAGCUUCCAAAAUCUUAAGGAAAGCAUUAAUUGGCUCUGAAGGAAUUGAAUCCUCGUGGCGUUAUUGUGUAACUGACACUAAUGGUUUCAUGGGAUUUGCUUUGGGUGCCAUGUUUGUCAAAUCUGUCUUCAGAGGUGAAUCAAAGCCAACGGCCGAAGCCAUGAUUGAACAAAUUAGAAAAGCUUUUGAAGAUAAUCUCCCGAAUCUCCGAUGGAUGGAUACAGAAACUCGAAAACUUGCCAAAGAAAAAGCUGAUGCAAUAACCAAAAUGAUUGGUUUUCCUGAUUUCAUUCUUAAUUCAACCAAACUAAAUGAAAAAUAUGAAGGACUUACAUUUGAAGAAAACGAAUAUUUUCAGAAUAACAUUAGGGUUAACAAAUUCGCUUUGAAAAAAAAUAUUGAAAAAAUCACGAGGCCGGCCAAUAAAACUGAAUGGGAAAUGACACCGUCCACUGUCAAUGCUUAUUAUACACCAACCAAAGACACUAUGGUUUUUCCUGCUGGAAUCUUACAAGCUCCUUUUUAUGAUGUGAAUUAUCCCAAAUCAGUAAAUUUUGGAGCAAUGGGAGUUGUAAUGGGUCAUGAACUGACGCACGCUUUUGAUGAUAGAGGUCGACGUUAUGACAAAUAUGGUAACCUCCAUCAAUGGUGGAAUAACAAUACAAUCAAAAACUUUGAACAGCGUGUAGAUUGUUUUGUUAAACAGUAUUCUUCUUAUGAAAUCAAUGGUGAUUAUAUCAAUGGAGAAAGAACUUUGGGGGAGAAUUUGGCUGAUAAUGGUGGCCUCAAAGCUGCAUUCCAUGCAUAUGAAAAUUGGGCUCAACACAAUAUCGAACCAGCUUUACCCGGAGUCAAUUUAACCAGUAAACAGAUAUUCUUCGUUCGUUUCGCGCAAGUUUGGUGUUUUGUUGCUACACCUGAAGCAUUAAAACUUCAAGUCCUCAAUGAUCCUCACAGUCCGCACAGAUUCCGUGUCAUUGGAACUCUUAGCAACUCGAAGGAAUUCUCAGAUACAUUCAAGUGUCCUCUGAAUAGCCCAAUGAAUCCAGAGCACAAAUGUGAAGUUUGGUAGUAAAUUGAUCUGUAAAAUAAGAGGACCAGAUGAAAACAGCAGAAUUAAUCCUGACGUGAUAAAAUGGUGAUAUCAGAAAAUUAUCACAGAAUGUUCAGAUAAAAAUAUAUGUAAUUCGCGAGCUUCUUUUUCUUCGUCUUUUUCCUCAUUUUACUAAUCUUCUUUACUUUUGAGUGCCAUCUUUCCUGAUCAAUGUCGAUCUGAAGACGAGAUAUGAUGUAAAUUGAAUCAUAGGAAUGAGCUUUCUGUAAAGACGUGAAAAUCAGAUUUUUUUGUGGUAUUUCGACCUGCAUAGCAUUUUCCAUCACGUACCAAACAUUUAAUCAUAUGUUUUCCAUUUUUGUUCAUGUUUUAUCUUUUGUCUGUGGACGAUUG